UGAUGGAAAAUAUUGCAGUCAAAUAAAAAAUAUUCCGGAAAAUUAAUUUUUGCUUAUAUUAGAUGUGCAAAAUUCUCAUGUAAAGAAAUGUUUGUUACAGAUCGUCUUCAAUCAGAGGUACUGGCUCUUUCUGAGGAAAAGAUGCGAUCAGAGGAGCUGGAGAAAGUAAAUCAAGAACUUGAAAAAGAAAAGCGAAAGCUUGAAACUUUUACAAAGGAGAUUCAGGAAGAAUAUGAGAAAAUAAAAAGUGAAAUGACAGAAACAGCUGAUCUCAUGAAGCAGGUUGAAGACGACAGGGUGACAUUGUCUCAAACGCUGGAGGAACAGAGACUGCAGCUGGAGAGCCUGAACAAAGACAAGCAGCACAUUCUGAAAGAGUUAAAUCACAGCAUGGCAGAACAGAGCAGCCUGGCUGAGGAACGGAAUUCUUUGUCUGCGCGCUCUCAGGAGCUGCAAGCCCAACUGGCUGACAUUGAAAACCAAACACAAGCUGUCCAGGAGGAUAGAACUGAUGCUGAACUUCGGUUGAAAGACAAUGAAGAAAGAUUAGAACAGUUAGAGGAAGAGAAAGCUACAAUCUCUCAGCAUGCUCAUGAGCUUGAAACCACCAUUCAUGAUCUGGUAUCUCAAAAAGAACUGACUGAGAGAGAACUGAAGGAGGAAAUCCGUGCCAGGAUUUCUGCAGAGGAAAGGCUGAAAGAGGCUGAGAAGUCUUUGACAAGUCUUGACAGAGCUGUCACCUCCCAGUCCCACAGGAUUGAGACAGAGGCAAAGGAAGAGAUGACCUGCAGUGUUCGCAAACUUAAAGAUUUCUUUGAAGAUCUUGCUGCAGAAGCAAAGAUUUCCUCUGAGCAACCUUUGAUCAUACGCAAUGGCUUGAUGGCCAGGAAGACAUUAGCCAGGAGAGCCAAAACUGUGAGAUACGAAAACAAGAAAAAAUCCAGCAACAAUAGGAUGUCAUGUGACCUUCUGCGACCCCAGCAGCCGCGGACUCCAUUACGAAGGGUUGUGUCUACCCUAGAGCACUAGCCAAGGCUGUCUUCCUUGUCAAGGAUUCUUUCCUAUACAGAAGAAUCGCAUGGUGCUUGAGGGGCUUGACUGGCUUUUGUCUCAGUGAAAGCGAUCAGUUGAUUUUAGGUGUCCUCAAUGUUAACUCGGAAUUGUUUCCUUGGACGACUUAAUGUUAUAAUACUCCAGGUGUUGUUGAUUUCUCUGUUACGUAGUUGUAGACUUAAAUAAUUGUUGUGAUGUAUAUUUAAUGGCAUGGAAUAUGUAUGAGUAACCAUACUGCGUACCUGAUGCUCACAUUAGGCUCGGAAAAAGUAGUUGCUUUUUUGUCCUAAAGAAAAUUGUAAAACUACAGAAAAGAGGGAUCUGAAAAAGUUGUCCUUUACUCCCUGCUGGUAUUUACCGAAAAGUUUAAGUAAAAAUGAACGUUACUUGAAAUACAUUUACAGUGAAAAGAAAGAGGAAGACAGGGCUUCAUUUGUAAAGAUUGUGUACAACUAGUGCCUUUUCAUAUUUACCCCAAUUUCAAAGGACUUAAGACUGAAAAGAAAAGAUCAGUCUAACUAAAUUAUUUGGUUUUAUGUACAGUGUAGAGAAACAGUUUUAUGGCUUGAAAAAAGAUUAAUAGUCAUAGGAAUGGUAUAAAUGAAGUUCUGUUUACAUGUGUGAGGGACGUCUUCAGAUGCCCUUACAAAAUAAUGUAUGUAUCGUGAAUUUGUGAUGCUUUUGUUAAUUUCACUUGUGAGAAUAUUUAAUUUCACAUGUUUGAAUUGCAUUUUAUACCUUUUAUUGUACUGAGUUUUUCAAAAGUGAGAUUUGUAGAUUUUGUUUUGUUCUCAGUCUAAUAUAUAGGCUGAGCUAUUUCAAAAGUGAGAUUUGUGCAUUUUGUUUUGUUCAGUCUAAUUAUGUUAAACAUGAGCUGAUUGUAAAAUUUAAGAUGUUCCAUAAGGCGACCCACGCACAGCUUUGAAGUGAAGUGAAACCGGGACACUGUUGUGAGAAAUGCUCAUGAAACCUUGCCCUUCUGAGGAAUGUCAUUCUCAUGCAACAUCGCUGGGGUUUUGUAAAGCAAUGACAUCGAGUAUUUGGUGAUUGCUGUUGUUCUGAUCAUACCAAGGAGCAAAAUAGCAAGAAGUUUUCUGGAGGGAAUGUUUGUGUAAUAAUGUGAAAUUAAAAUGUGAACUUUUGACUUUCAUCUGUGACAGUUGAAGUAGGGUAUGCCUACAUUAAGGGAAAAAACCCCCCAACAAAUCAGUCUAGUAUGACUUUAGAAUUUCAUUGUGAUGAAAUUUGGGAGGGGGGGGAGGGGUCGAGUUAUUUGAGUUUGCCUGUUGUCCCUAUCUUUGUCCUAGUGCUAAGAUUACUUUGCUGCAUUCACAGUGUUGCAGUGCAUGGCUAUUACUUAACCAGGAAACAUCUUUUGCUUUUACUCUCGUAGCAUUGUAAUAGUUUUUAAUCUGUUUUUGUCUUUAUAUUUCUCAGUUCUUUUCAUUAUAAAAUUAGAUAAAUUAUGAAUUACCUGUGACUGAAGACUGUAAUCUCCACAAGCUUAUGUAGAGUUAUCCAUUUUAUGAAUAUAUUAUGUAAAAAUAUUCUGAAUAGCAGUGAUGGUCUCCGUGGCUCAGCUGGCUUCUUUACUGAUGCACAGAGGGUCACAGUUGAAUGGAAUAGAAUUUUCUCUUUUUUUGUGAAAAGUUUUGUCCCUGGCUGAUGCCCUUAAUUGGCCCUUGUAUCCUCUUUUGAGUGUUACUAUAACAAAAACAUCAAGUUAAUAAACAGAAAAUGUCUACUUUAUUUCUUUACCCCUUAAUUGUACUAUUUCCAAAUCUACUCUCUCUCAUUUCCAUACAACUGCAUGUACAUGAUACAAUAUAAUGUAUUAAUGACUAUAAGCCAGUACCACAGAGAACCAUGAUGAGUGCAUCUUCGUAAGGCAUAAACUGUGCAAGUGAAUGUUGCUAGUAUCUUUCUUCUUGUUGACUAACAACAUCUACUAAUAAUUUCCAAUACAUUUUUUUUUCAAAAGAAAAGAAAGGUGUUAAAUAUGAAAUCUUUUGUCAAACCUUAAGUUAAAUGAGCCUGCAAAACGAAGAUAUUUUAGCGUGCAUUACAGGAAAAGAGCAAAAAAGUAGGCCUUACACAUUUGAUGCGAAGUACCUAUGUUCAUAUACAUACAGAAAAAUUGUCUAUACUUAAAUAAUCUUGUAGGCUUUACUUGUGACAUAAUAUUGUUAUUUUUAAUUUAUUAGGAAAGGAUGUACUCGCUUAUGUAGAUGGUGCAUACAUAUACACUGUUUCAUGACCUAUGUGGUCAGCAUGUAGUAGCGUUUCCCUAAAUAGAACUAGUGUCACUCUCUUGUAUUCCACGUUACCAAGUUCAGGUAGAUUUCAAGUCUGUUGCCAUAGGCCAACUUGAGGAACAGAAAAAUAACCUCUUGUUUUGUCUAUAAAUUUUAUAUAUUGUUAGAGUAAUGGGCAAGAUUGUGGAAAACCAACUUUCAACAGAUAUAUGAUCAUCACUAAUAACUUCCCUCUCCUCAGCUGUUUGAAACUACAUGUACAUUUAAAACUAAAAAGUUGUUGAAAUUGUUCCUUGAGAUUAAGUUACUUGUUACAUGUUUUCUGUUUUCGUUUUUUGUCUUCCAUUCAUUGUCUUGUUCCCUCUCUGCACGUAGUUCAUAAUGAUAGUUUGAACAAAUUUGACUUUGAUUGAUGUAGUGUUGGAUGCUGUAUGUUUGUGCUGCGCUCUGUUGAUUAAACAAAGUUACUCAUUCAA